GCUUCAAAUCGUCUCCAGAAUUAUCAGUCCUCACAAUGAAUCUCGUGACAGCGAGUUUAGUUAUACUGCUGGCAGCAUCAACAUCGGCUGAUGUUUUCUACGACAGGCCCUGCCGGACCGACGUGGAAGUUGUGCAAGGCUUUUCCGUGGAUCGCUAUCUCGGCCGGUGGUAUGAAACGCAGCGAUACGAACAGGAGUUUGAAACCAACCUCGACUGCGCCCAAGCUUAUUAUGAAUUGAGCGACGCGACGACGGUUUCUGUCCGGAAUUCGGCAUAUAGUUUGAUCAAUGAAACGGCGAUAGAGAUACUUGGCACGGCGAAGCUCUCCUUCCCGGAUGAAGAACCUCUGCCGGCAAAGCUGAAUGUGGCUUUUUUCGGAGCUCCUAAUGACAGAUCGAACUACUGGGUGUUGGACACGGAUUACGAAAACUACUCGGUAGUUUGGUCAUGCGAAUCUGUGGAAGAAAAUCGCUCUCGUGAAAGUUUUUGGCUCCUGUCCAGAAGUCGUCAGCUCUCUCAGGAUGAACAAGUUGAAGAAAAGGUGAAUGACAUUAUUCAAAAGUACAUCGAUCCUGAGCAAAUCAGAAUAACUGAUCAAUCCGAGGACAGAUGUCCAGAUUUUUUAUUCACCCUUUCGGUGGUCAGUUAUAGGUGUUCGUUCGGACGACGCGGAUCGGAAUUGGUGUUCUUACAACGGAAUUUGAUAAAAAUGCAGCGCUAUAGUUUAUUGCUUUUUGUGAUGACUCAGCUCGUGUCCGAAGGAUAUGGAUACAUCGUGAAAGACGGGAAUUGCUCUCUGGUGUCCAGCGAUGUACCGGUGGUGACUAAUUUCGAUGUGGAAAAGUACCUAGGAAAGUGGUAUGAAAUAGAACGCUACGAGCAGGACUAUCAGAGAAAUCUGGAGUGUGUAACAGCAGAGUUCACCAGAAGCAAUCUGGAUUCAUCUUUGGAUGUCAAAAGUAAAGGAUUUCUACUAUCAAAGGAUGCCUACGCCUCGUUUUCUGGAAUAGCUGUUAUGUCAGAUCCAACGGCUGAUCCUGUCGAUGGGAAGCUGAAUGUUACUUAUGGAAUCAAAGCAAGCGGUAUUUCUAACUAUUGGAUCGUCGACACCGAUUACGACCGGUACGCUGUAGUCUACACGUGCACCCCAAUCGAAGACACUGAAUCUGUUAUCGAGGGCUAUUGGUUGUAUUCGCGGACUCCGACGCUCACUGAAGAGCCCCUGAUCACAAGCAAACUACAAUUCCUGCAGUCAAAUUAUUUUGUUCCAUCCCACGUGAGGCCUACCAAUCAAAGCGAAUCACUAUGCCGGAAAGAACCUGAAUUGCCUCCUCUCCCCCAAACGGAUUUUCUGCCACCACUUCGUCAACGCGGUUACCGUCGUGAAGGAUCCCCGCUGGUGGUCAACCCGAUCCGAUAUCGGUCGUCAGUGGGUGUGGUGUACAUUUCUGGAAAGUGGUAUGAAAUCCUACGCUAUGAUCAGCACUUCGAAAAGGAUUGUGACUGUGGGUACGCCACCUACACUCUCAAAAAAAUAAACACCCUCAAGGUGGAAAAUUGUUGCAAGCGUCUGCCCAAUCUUGAGGUGCACUGCUCCAUAGGCAAAGCAGUCGUCAGUUUCCCGGAUGCGAUUCCCCUGGAAGCCAAAUUGAAUGUCACUUUUGGAGGCCCACCAAACAAUUCCAAUUAUUGGAUCAUGGACACGGAUUACGACAACUACGCCAUUAUUUAUUCCUGCAAGAACUUGUCCGAAAACAAAUCAGCAGAAGCAGCCUGGGUGCUCUCGAAGCAGCGAACCAUUAAACAGGAGGUUCGUUUCAAAGUAGAUCAGCUUGUAGAUCAAUAUCUGGUUCGGUCCGAUAUGCGGGUGACGGAGCAAAGCCAAUCAAUGUACAAAUAUUCACAAAUCGCUGGCAUGUGGAUUGUUGGUUGGAUUUCUGGUGCUACAUCGUUGGAAUUCAUCGAAAACUGCCGCGGAUUGCGGUACCAGGAUGUACGGCGACGAUGCGGGCAAGUGGCCAACGGAUUGCUGGUACUCCUGCAGAUAUUCUCUCUUCCAAUGGACCCAGAAUUUUUGGACGAGCUGCUGCCAGUUUUGAUACGUUCCGAGCAAGCCAGUCGGGAGAUGCUGAUAAUCUGGGUCGGGCAAGGCGGUGGACGAUGUUCCGAUGAGGAAGUGCGCCGGUGUCAGCGCAGCCAGAUCGCCACCAAAAUGCGGUGCCUUUGGGGUGUCAAGUGCCACGUGAUCCCUCUUAGGGCGCAGGCGGAGGACCGGUCGAUGACGUGUACAGCGGAAGCAGUGCCGGACGAUGCUUUUGACGAGGUUCCUGCCAUUAAGUGGCCAAUAUUCCUCACGGAUCGUGGACAGCAGAAGACGCCCGCCGCCAUGAAGCAAUUGGCGGUGGAAAUGUUCGCCGAUGAGCUGGGACAACGGAUGGUUCUUAGGGAGGAGGACAGGGUGUUUCGAUUGGUGUUGCAUGUGGCUGAGUUCUGGCUUUCGAACGGGCUUUGGCAGCAAAGCGAAGGCAGUAGCAGUAGCAGCAACGGAGCAUCAACGGACGACGGAGGCACAGUACCGGGACAACGGUGGAUCCACAGAUACCCGUUACAGCAGAUCAUCAUGUACUCGUUGCUAGUCAUCUUUGGUAUUGUAUUUUGUUUUUCGCGUAAAAUUAACUGUUUGAGUGUAGACGGACCAUGCCGAAAUCUACCAGUAGAGGGUCAAUUUAACGUUUCCCAGUACAUGGGAACUUGGUUCGAGAUAAAGCGUUACGUAAAUGAAUUCCAAGCCAAUGGAGAGUGUGUAACCGCAAAAUAUACCCUUAAUGCGACUUCAAUGGAAGUCGCUAUCGAAAACACUAUGAGGCUUCUGCCAAACCAAGAGCCGUUGACGGUAACUGGACGGGCGGUUGUUGCCAAUACCACUAAUGGGGAAGCCAAGUUGAUGAUCCGGUUCAAUAGUACCGCGGACAGUGAGCCGGAUUCCAGCUAUUGGGUACUGAAAACCGACUACCAACAUUAUGCCGUCGUAUGGUCCUGCCGAGCGAAUGGCGAAGGCUCCAGCGAAUCAGCAUGGAUCCUCUCGCGGAGUUCUGUGAUGGAUGCAGCCUCGAAAUCCAUUGUGGAGAGCGUAAUCGGACAACAUCUGAGUACAGUGUCUUUCCGUGACACGAAACAGGGUGAUGAGUUUUGCAGCAACGCCACACUGCCAAAGAUGUCUAUUGUGUCACUGUUUGUUAUUUUAAUUACUGUCAUGAAUGUGUGAAAUUGAAUCAAAAUAUAUUUAAUUUAGACUAGAAGA